CGAAUAAGUGCGAGAAUAGCCUUCUGCAACGUGUAUUUUAUACUAUUUUCUCGAUUUUGAAUUUUAUUUUCCAAUUUUUCAAAUUUUUUUGUGGGUGCUGUUAGUUGGAGAUUUUUUAUUUUCAAAAUAUGUCAGUUGGUGACACUUACUUACCAGCCAACUGAUAGGUGGAUUCUAUCAUUUUAGAAGGUUUAACAAUUUUGAAGGUACCAAUAGGUAUACUUUGAAAAAUAAAUGAAUGAGCUUCAUUCUUCAAUGAUUUUGCGUGCGGGAAUAAUGACAUUCUCACAUCAAAAAUCAAAAUCGAGAAAAGAACUCCGGACUCCCUAUAGCCAGUCUCGCCUUGCGUCUUGACAAUGUUCAAGUUUUCCGUCCAGGUUAACAAUAUACUAUCUGACUUCAUCACGAGUAUUGAAAUAAAUGAUAAAGUAGACCACUUAGUGCCUCGGCUGGAAUUUGAUUGCAUUUCAAUGAACCAAGGCAUCAAAUAGUACUCCACUGCUCUAUUGAACACAGCUUUGUCCAUUAUUUUAUUUUAUAUCAAUAUUCAAUAAAAUAUUAACAUAGUUUUGGUAGUAGUCGUUAUUCGAAACAAGUUCAUGGUAGCUGUUUCAACGUUGCAACCUCAUUUUCUAGACAAUAAUUUGACACAUCUGUUUUUUUUGUUAAAUAAAUUCUUGUUAGUAUUCGUCAUCUCUAUUUAUUCAAGAAUUUUUCAGAAACGUAUGCUAUCAAAAUCGAAGAAGAAAGUGACGACGAAGAUGUAACAGAGCCAGAAAUAGCUGAAUUGGCAAAAAGCAUGGAGUUAAAUUCGCUUCCGGAAAAGUCGAGAGAAAAGUAUGAACAAACCUACAAGAAGUUUAUGAACUAUCGGAUUGACAAGAAGAUCGAGUCCAUUUCUGAGGAUAUUUUAAUAGCAUAUUUUGCACAAAUGAGCCGUAACAGUAUAGCUUCAACCUUGUGGGCUUCCUAUUCGAUGUUGAAAACCACUCUUAAUGUGAACGAAAAUGUUGAUAUAUCCAGAUAUUUGAAGCUGAGAGCUUUCUUGAAGAAAAAAUCUCUUGGCUAUCAAGCCAAAAAAUCCCGUGUUCUAGAAAUGGAACAUAUUGAAAAAUUUCUGCUGGAAGCCCCAGAUAAGGACUUCUUAAGUACAAAGGUUGCCUUGGUUAUUGGUGUUGUUGGGGCAUGUAGAGGCCAAGAACUGGUUCGAUUAAAAAUAACUGAUAUUGUGGAUAUGCAUGACAAACUAUUGAUCACAUUACCUGACACCAGAGCAGAUAGGACUAGAUCUUUUUUUAUAACUAAACAUUUGGAUAUUUACAGAAAGUACACUGCAGCUAGACCGCCAGACAUGGAUUCACCAAGAUUUUUUUUCAAAUACACUGAUGGCAAGUCCUACAAGCAGGUCAUAGGUAAACAUAAAUUUGGAAAGAUGCCCCAAGAAAUUGCAAAAUUCCUAAAAUUACCCAAUGCAAUAGAAUAUACGGGACAUUGCCUUAGAAAGACAUCUGGUGCUUUGUUGGCAACUAGCAACGCACGCUGGCUGGGGGUGCUCUAGUCAAGAAAAUAACAUCACGUCAAGAAAAAACUUCAAAUUUAAUUAGGAAUAAUUUAAAAUAGCUCUUAAAAUGUAUGUCCUACCUAAUAAGUUCUGUGAAAAGUGUGCUUAAUAUAGGUAUAAUUUAGCUUGUAGAUUUUCUAGGAAAAAGUUUCAUGUAAUGCCUGAUAGUUUUUUACAGUUUUGUUUCCCAUGUUAUAUGUGAAUAAAUAUAAAUUAAUAUGAUAUG